AUGGCCAUGGCCAGCACCUUCAUACCAGGGCUGAACCCUCAGAACCCUCAUUAUAUCCCAGGGUACACUGGACACUGCCCACUACUUCGCUUCAGCAUGGGCCAGACCUAUGGGCAGAUGACCGGUCAGCUGCUUCGAGGGUUUCCUGGCCUAGCCUGGCCCCCCACCCAUCGCACACUUCUGCCUCCCAUCAGGCCUCCGGCAUCUCCUGAGGUUCCCAGGGGAAGCCUGUCUGUCAGGCGGAGGCAUGAAAGGCUCAGCUCCAGCAUGAUUCCUGGGUACACAGGUUUUGUACCCCAGGCACAGUUCAUCUUUGCCAAGAACUGCAGCCGGGUCUGGGCUGAGGCUCUGAAUGAUUUCACUCAGUGGUCUGUGGGACAAGGGGGUCAAGAGCUGCCAAAGGAGGCCAAGGGUAAAAAAGAUGAGAAAGACGAAGAGCCAAAGCCAGAGCCAGAGCUGGAGGCAAAGGAGCCAGAGCUGGGGCAAGAGGCAGAACGAGCUUCCCCCUAUUCCAUGGAUGACAGAGAUCCUCGCAAGUUCUUCAUGCCAGGCUUCACUGGUUACGUGCCCCGUGCCCGCUUCCUCUUCGGCUCCAGCUUUCCUGUGCUCACCAACCGGGCACUGCAGGAAUUUGGACAGAUGUACUCAGGGAGCAGACCCCAGAAGGAUCCCAAACAUCCCCCUCCACUUUCUAGGACCUAUCCUCAGAACCUGUGCCUUUUACCUAAUUAAGGGGGCUAUGUGCCAGGAUAUAAGUUCCAGUUCGGGCACACCUAUGGGCAUCUCACCCAUGAUGCACUGGGCCUCACCACCCUCCAG